UGCUCUUCUCCACAAAGCAGAGGAAAGUCAGGGGCUCAUGUGUCAACAUCCAGGGUUUCCCCGGGGAGGUGUAACGUUAACGUUAGUCCGCACAAAAAAAAUCAAAAGAAUAACUGGUGCUCCUUUUUAGAGCUUUUUAUUUUUGAGUUAGCCCCGCUCGUCCUCUUAGGCGGCGGUUUCUCUGACCGCGAAGACCAGGCGACGAUCUUCGGCUCUUGCUGCUUUUACGUUAGCUAACGUUAUUUUAAACGAUGACAGAGUACAAAGUGCGAAUAGCGUCUCCAAUCAUUUAAUAAUAUCUGGGGACCUGUUAGCUUAGCCAGCUAGCCCGGCAAUUCGAUUAAACCAAAGGGAACACGGCGAAUCACACUGCUGACAUGAUGUUUCCCCAAUCAAGGCACUCGGCAUCCUCUCAGUCCAGUCAACCUCUCAAGUUCACUACUUCUGACUCCUGUGACCGCAUCAAGGAUGAGUUCCAGUUCCUCCAAGCACAGUACCACAGUUUGAAGUUGGAGUGUGAUAAACUGGCCUCCGAAAAGUCAGAGAUGCAGCGCCACUAUAUCAUGUACUAUGAAAUGUCUUACGGGCUGAACAUUGAAAUGCACAAACAGGCGGAAAUAGUGAAGAGACUGAAUGGCAUCUGUGCUCAGGUGCUGCCUUACCUGUCACAAGAGCAUCAACAGCAAGUCAUGGGCGCCAUAGAGCGGGCCAAGCAAGUCACGCCUCCUGAGAUGAACUCCAUUAUACGGCAACAGCUCCAGGUGCAGCACCUGUCCCAGCUCCAGGGCCUGGCCCUGCCUGUGACCCCGCUGCCCCUGGGCCUCACCCCGCCGUCCCUGCCGGCCGUCUCCUCCAGCUCCGGCCUGCUCUCCCUCUCCUCCAUCCUGGCCAACUACUCCCAUGGCCAGGCCCAGGCGGCGAAGGAAGACAAGGCCCGGGAAGCCGCGGAGAGGGCGCCCCGGGGAGAGGACGGGGACAAGUCAGACUAGUGCAGGCACGCGGCAAGGAGGUUUGGAGGGGGUUGUUUGGGGUGAAGGUUUAAAAAAAAAAAAAAAAGGUAAAACUGUAAAUGGAGAUUGAUGUAAGUCUGGCUGCCUGUCUGCUGAGCGUUAAUAUAGAAGAGCAACUGCAGGGAUGACGACAUGCGGGGAGGACAGAUUUUUGGAUGUGCAGAGAACGAAACUGCUGAGUGGCUGAGAGUGAGCGUUAAAUGUUCUUAUUUAGUGGCAAUAGACUAAGUUCAGGCUUCUAGACUUAAAAUAGAUGCUUUUUUUUCUUCUUUUUUUUAAAUUUUUUUAGUGUAAACCACCGUUGUUGGGCUUAACCAAAAUACCCCCCCCCCCCCCCGCUGAGGAUAAAAGCUAACGGCAGUGUCGCUUACACAGAUCUGCCUCUAGUUUGUAUUUCUGAAGAGUUUUUCCUACUGGCUCGUCUGCCAAUCCAAGUUAGCAGUUUUGCAACAUCUGUUUUCUCCACUCGGCAUACAACAGCACCAUCCAUUUUAUGUAAUGUCCUUUUAGGAAUUCCAAAUUGUUGAUUUGAGUCAUAUGGAGAGGGACACAAUUCAUUUAUGUUCUAUGAAUCUUAGUUGGAUGUUAAAUGGGAUGUUUUUUUCUUCUUUUUUUUUUUUUAAAGAGCCUUUAAAACCCUUCAGACAUAAAUCCCCUCCCUUUGCAUUUUCAUACGACCAGCCACUGGAUGCAUUACCUUAGCGGUGUACCUCAAUCCUGAAUACAUAGGAUUUAAUUUGAUUGAAAACCAAUAGUUUGUACAGAUGUUAGUUUACUCAUCUUUGAGCCGGAGUAGUGUUUCAUAGACCUCCUGAUGCUACGCGCAUUAUGUGGACCAUGAAUCACUAAAAAUGGACUUUAUUUUGACAUGUUUUCUGGUUUAGAGAUCGGAUAAUUAGGCAUUCAAAACAUGUUCUGUGUGCUUGAGUGAAUGUUGUCGGAAAGAAGAAAACCCGUUGUUUAAUUUGACUUCAUUCAUUUCUCAAAACACCUGUUUAGUAUUUUCCUUACACCACCACCCUGCUCCCGCCUCUUCUCACACCGGUCCACCCUUUAACCUGGAUCUAAACUUCAGAACCAGAUGGUCGUAAAAGAUGUAAAAGUACUGUAUUUCUGUAAGUUAGAAGAGCACUUCAGUUCAUACAGAUACUGUACCAAGCACCUGUCUUUUCCUGUCUUGCUUAACUUGUGUGUAUUUCUUUUCUUUUUUUGCAUUGUCUCUGUGGACAAUGUGUCCAGGGUGAGUUGCUAAAGCUCCGUUACAACUUCAACCAGACUUUGCCUCAGAAAACAAUGUAUUUAAACCAGAUUCCCACAGUCACAAUUUGUCCUGGUGAACUAAUAACUGUGUCCCUUUGCAAAAACAAAAUUGAGAUAUUUCCCCAUUUCCGUACUAAAUGCUUAUUCUAUACAAUAUAUACUGUCUACUUGGCUCAAUAUUGCUCAGCACAAACUGUGUAUAAUGGAUGUAGCCUCUUUUAGAGCGAUACGGACGGAUGGCGCUUGAUACAAACUAGCUUUUUAUCUUUGGCUCUUGGACUAAGCAGGUUUUGAUUAUGUGCUGUGUUCACUCUUCAAAAGUCAUGAAAUAAUGUCUGCUCAUAACUGUCUGUGUGCAAACUAAAGAGAAAAAAAACAUUUUACCUUUCUCAAUUUUUUUUAUUUUUUUUAUUACACGCUAGAGCUGCAUUACACCUUAAACCCCGCAGCUCAUAUAUCUAAUGUGCACAGCACUGUGGGUCAAAAUGGCCGGAGAAGCACGCUGGCUUGCAAACUGCAAACGUACUGUGUGUUCAAAAACUCAAACCACUACACUGUUUAGUAGACCAGAAAUCAAUUUAUUAUGACCCGACACGUACUAUCCCUGAAAUAGCAAGGCGUUCUAUGAUAUCCCUUCGCAUGUGAUAUCCCUUAGCCCCCAUGUUUUUUGUGAUUAUCUGACCCACAAUCCUUUGCACAGCAAGAGCAAGGAUUUCCAAAUUCAAGAUUCAGUUUAAUGAGGAAGUAGUAUCUCCCCGUUGAAUGCAACUCUUUCAAGGUACUUUGUCCAGGGCAACUGUCUGAUUUGGAACACAUCUUUAACCUUUUCUGGAAUAUUCAGUAGUAUAUUAAUAUGUAUAGGAUUGCAGUUGAUUUGACUCAUUGCAAGGUAAAAUUUCUGGCAACAUCUCUGACGUUUGUAGGGAAAAAUAGAUAAAAUAUUUGACGUGUUGACAAAUUUCUUGAGUAAAAUAUCUCUUGGUAUAUUGCUUGUACUGUACAUGCAUACUUUGUGUUUUUGUAGUUGGAAUGGAAUUUGGACAACCCUUGUGUUAAAGGAAUAGGAAUGUUUCAUAUUUUGGCAGCAGGGGGCAGCAGCGCUGUGUUCACGUUCACGGCUGCCCUCUUCAUUUCCUGACUGGGGCAAGCAUCUGUAUGCUGCAGAUGUUUGCUGUUCUUCCCCUACAAUGAGAGUGGAUUCCAGAGCUUUGACAACCCACCUUUUUUUUUUAGCAUCUGAGAAGCUCUGUGAUCGGAGCUUAAUUUUUUCUCCAUUUUAAUUUGAAAGGCACUUAAGUUGUGGCUCAGUGCUCUUAGUUUUUCUUCUUCCUGUCUGUGCUAGUGUUGGGGAGGUGAGGACGUUCCCUCCGUUGAGAUUUGACCUUAAUAUAUAAAGUGCAAGAACCGAUCAGUUACUCAUUUGCACUGUAUAUGCUGACAUCAGUCUCUGUAGAAAACCUCUUUUGGCAAAACUCAGACAUAUGAAUGGUAUGUGUGUUUGUUUUUGCUGUGAAGGGCCAAUUUGUAUACAUAUGAAUAUAUCAAUAUACAUAUUUUUAAAGCAUUUUUGUAUGUUUCAAAGCUGCUUUUUAACGUGUGUGUAUCAUGGAAGACUUUUGGUGUUGUAUGUGUGCAUUACAAGCCUACAGUUAAAGAGAGGCACAAUGUUGUAUACCAUGUCGUUUUUUCCUGUUUUUUCUCCCAUUCUCUCAGUAGGCAGUAACACUUAACAUUGUUUUCUAGGUUUGUAAAUGUUUUAUCUUUUUCUUUUGUGCAAACAAAAACCAGUUUAAUGUGUUUAUGAACACGGUCUCAUUUUAAGAUACCUGGGGCGAAAAAAGAAAAAAAUACAAAGAUGUAAACAAGCAACUGUGUACUCUAAUGAGAAUGAAUCAACCUUUUAGCAGUAAGGAAGCUUCUCUGGUGCCUUACAAAUAAAAGACGUGAUUGAGAGUGCU